GGCCGCCGGCCCGGCCACGUCACCGCCCGGCCAAGAGCGCGCUGGCGGAGCGGCGGCGCCCGGACGGGAGCGCGGAGCUCGGGGGCGCAGGACCCACAGGCCGGGGCCGGGGCCGGGGACGUGGCAGCCGCCUCGCCCGCCGGAAAAGUUUCCCAGGAGUUGGCUGCGCGCGGUCCGGACCAUGAACGUGUUUCGGAUCCUCGGCGACCUGAGCCAUCUCCUGGCCAUGAUCUUGCUUCUGGGGAAGAUUUGGAGGUCCAAGUGCUGCGCGGGCAUUUCUGGGAAGAGCCAGAUCCUUUUCGCUCUCGUCUUUACCACCAGGUACCUGGACCUGUUAACCAACUUCAUCUCCAUCUACAACACAGUAAUGAAGGUGGUUUUUCUCCUCUGUGCCUACAUCACAGUGUACAUGAUCUAUGGGAAAUUUCGGAAAACGUUUGACAGUGAGAAUGACACAUUCCGCCUGGAGUUUCUUCUGGUCCCAGUCAUUGGCCUCUCCUUCCUUGAGAACUACAGUUUCACUCCUCUGGAGAUCCUCUGGACUUUCUCCAUCUACCUGGAAUCAGUGGCCAUCCUGCCCCAGCUCUUCAUGAUCAGCAAGACUGGAGAGGCUGAGACCAUUACUACUCACUAUCUGUUCUUUCUUGGGCUAUACCGGGCACUCUACCUGGCUAACUGGAUCAGGCGGUACCAGACUGAGAAUUUCUAUGACCAAAUUGCAGUGGUGUCUGGGGUAGUACAAACCAUCUUCUACUGUGACUUCUUCUACUUGUAUGUGACCAAAGUCCUUAAAGGAAAGAAGUUAAGUCUUCCAAUGCCAAUUUGAAGGCCAUCAGAGAUGUUCUACACCCUAACAAGGACACCAAACAAGCCAUCCGACGUGUUCUCCUGGGUGAUUCAACUAACCAAAUGUUCAAACUGAAGUCAGAGAAAUACUUCAUGUGGAAUUUAGCAAAGCACUGAUCCUUCUAUUUUCUCAUCUCUCUCUCCCUUAAAUUAUAGAGGUAAUUAAAAUGGGCCAAUCAUGCAAGCAUGGUGCACCCUCACAAUGUCAACUGAACAGUCAAGCAAACCUUAGAAUGGAUGGAGUCAACUCUUGUUCUCUUAAAGGCCCUGGUGUGAGACUCAUGAAAACGAACAGCCAAUCCCAAUCUGGAAAUACACCCUACUGUGUAUGAGACAAAAGCCCCAAAUGAGUAUACUGUUGUGGUUAAUUUUCACUUUCCAGGUAGGAGACCAUCAUGUUUAGGGAGUCAAGAUACAAAGGUGUCACCAACAGGUGGGAAAUGUUAUGAGGAAACACAGGCUUUUUACCUACUAGGUGUUGUCUUGAUGCUUUGUGACUCAAAUUUUUUUUCACUUUAAGACCAAUUAAAUCCCACCUCCCUUUCACAGUUUUAGGUGCUAAGGUGUCAAGUCAAUCAAACAUGGUCUUGAAGCAAAUAAAAAUAAGAGACUAUCAUUAGAUUACACCUUUUUUUAAGCAAUAAAAAUCUCACACCUUA